AUGGCUUGGAUUGACCUAAAAUUCAGCGGACAGUCAGUCCUACCCUGGAAGCCACCGAAACACAUACUCAAUGGGAUCAGCGGAUCGAUAGAUUUCGGGAGCCUAACCGCCCUUAUGGGGCCCUCCGGGUGCGGAAAGUCUACUCUAUUAAAGUGUAUUAACGGCCGAAAUAUGGAGGGCUUAGACUUGGGCACCAAAGUCUACCUAAGCUCAGCGAAAAAAAUCCGCUCCUGUUUUAUAGUGCAGGACAUAAAGGAGCACCUGGUGGUCGGGUUAACCGGCAUCCAGUCCCUCAUGUAUGCCUCGAAGCUGAAGAAUGCCGGAGAGCACCAGGAGGUGAACCAUAGGAAGUACGCUCGAAAACUGCUGUCCGACCUCUCGAUAGGUGACACCGAGGGUACAAAUGUGGAGAACUGUUCGGGCGGUGAGCAGAAACGACUGGCCAUCGCCCAGGAGCUCAUGGCCCUCAGGAAGCCUAACCUCAUGUGUAUAGACGAGCCCACAAGCGGUCUGGAUAGCAAUUCCGCCGAAAUUGUAGUACAAGUGCUGAAGCGGUUGUCCCGACAGCACGAGAUCGCGAUCGUCACGAGUAUCCAUCAGCCAAAUUACGACACUCUCAUGAUUUUCGAUGGGGUGUAUGUGUUGGCUAAGGGAGGCCUAUCUGUCUACUCCGGACCCCCUCUGGAGGUGCGCGCCCACCUAAGCGCGGCUCAUUUUGAGUGUAGUGAACACCAGGUGCCCAUCGAAGUGCUGCUGAGAAUAGCCUCCAAAUACGGCUCUAAUGUCCAGCGGCUGUCCCACCAGUCCAUGAAAGCCAAGAGUGAACUGAGGCACCAGUACCUCGCGGAGGGCUACCUGGCGCCUACUGGAGUCGCCAACAAAGGGAACACCUUUCAGUUGCGGCAAAUGUGGUAUCUAUUGGCCCGGAAUAUAACCUGUCAGCUCCGGUCCCAAUGGAAACUCCUUUCCGUUCAGUUUGUGUUCAUUCAGGCCAUCGGUUUACUACUGACCCGUCUGUACAACAAACACAUCGGCGAACCGGACGGGUGUUUCUCAUUAGCCAUGAAAGCGAACGCCAGUUGCGUAAAGACCGUGGAGGGGCUCCGGGAGGAGAGCCUACUGUUCCAGAACCUCCUGUACCUGUACUUCUCGGGCGUUUUGUUGAUGAUAUUGGUGUCGGUGUCGACUGUCCUCCUGUUCUCGUCGGAGAUCAAGAUCUUUAUGAACGAACGCAUGAACGGUUGGUACAGCACCGGCUCCUACUUCAUGGCUAAAAAUAUCUCAGAAAUACCGACUUUCUUAGCCAUUGUCAUCACAUUUGCACUCAUGGUCUACAAACUCAUCCCACAGAUCGACGACAACCAUCGUUUGGUAGGCUUUCUGGCGGUGAUUUUAGGCGGCGCCUUUAGCGCCCAGAGUCUCGGCUUUCUAGUAGGCAUAGUCACCAAUGGGAACUUCCGGAUGGCCAUCAUCAUGGAGAUUGGCCUACUAAUAAUGCACGUGUUUUUGAGCUUUUUCGUGCCCAUACAAGAGCUCCCGGCGCUCGUGCGGCUCGUCCGGAGCAUGUCGUUCGUGACGCAGACCUUUCAGAUGCAUUUGUAUAUCAUAUACGGGUUCGACAGGUGCCCGGAGGGGACGGUAUCAUCGAUUUUGUAUCAAAAUGAUUUGCUGGAUGAGCGCGACUUUUGGCGUAAUGUGCCAUUACUUAUAUCCCAAGGGCUGGUGCUACGGGUGCUGGCGUUUUGGGCACUGUAUGCCCGGACUAAUGGCGUUAGUUUGUCAUUGAGGGGUAGAUCACAGAAAAAGUCUGUGAAAACACGAUCCGAUUCAGUCGAUGAGGACUUGUAUAUGAACUACACGUCUAUAGCAGCCAUGGCUAUCGAUGGCCACCAAUGGGCUAAUUAUUGGCAAGUAUAUGGACUCGACCUCAUGAGAGUGUCCUCCAGAAACACGUCUUACCCAGUGAUGCCGUCCAAUGUCCACGAAGUGAUCGCUGAUAAGGACGAGUGCGGGAAGACAUAG